ACAGGACCGAGUUCAGUUUUCAGUCCAACGCGAACCUUCUGACUCAGUCGGCCACGCUCCAGGCCACCACUCCACGACGACGACGGCGGCGUUCAUACGAGGCGCGUUUUCAUUUUUCCCCAUCCAAUUUUCUCCCUCCAUUUAGCAACGAAUGAAAAGGGCAGCUCCGUAGUUCGAAAUAGAAAGUUCAGUGGAAUCUCCAGUGAUUUCGACAAAAUCGUUAUUUUCGAAUAAAAUUUUUUGUGAAGUGCUCUUCCAUGUGAGCGGGCGUCAGUUUUGCGGCCGCGGACGUCUCCAAUGCUGACAUAACUCAGGGAUGUCCAGUGCGCGUAAAGAUGCGUCAUCCCCGCCCGGCGGCCUUCGUGACGACGUUUCUUCGACGGCCAAGCCAUCAUCAGAGACCACGGGUGGAUCGCCCUCAAGGUUUCGAAUCGCCACCGCGCUGCAUUUGUCAGUGAGAAAUCACCACGCAUUCCCGCACUAGACAUGUAUGGAAUAUCGUACGAAAAAUGCAUAUGUUUUAUAUUUUUAGUGAUCUUAGCUUUUUUAAGUUGUUGUUCUGGUUUCCGCAUAGAUAGCCUAACCAUGACAGAUAUCAGCAGAAGAAACCUUUCUCUCGAAUCAUUGCCACCUGAAAACGACUUUAUGAACAGAAUAUAUGCGACUGCGCGGCUUAAAGAUGACGAUUUUUCUCACCGUCACCGCAUCAGGCAUCAUCAUAGAUCCAUCCGUGCGCAAAAUAAUGAUGGUCCUCGAAAAAUUCGUAGGAACCGUCCCAGGACUCCCUGUCCCAAGCAAGACAUUUCCCAGAAGGCAUUUCUUGCUAACACCGUCGUCGUGGCCCGAACUGAAGCUGUCAGUGUUCGUUCACGAACGCAUAAAUACUCGGUACUUUUCAAAGUGCAACGAAAACUCAAAUCCCCUUCCGCUUUCCCUUUAAUCGAUGAAUACAUCCAACUCUACUUUUUGAAUGACACCUCAUCCCAACGAACGCAACUAAGAUGCGUUUCUGAACGGAAUCCUUCGAAGCUAGUCAGAGCCAACAUUCAGCAGUCCCGAGAGUAUCUGCUCUUCCUCAACUCCUAUGGUGCACACAACUACACCGCUAUAGGUCCGCCAGAACCUAUCAGGAAGCACAAACUACCCAAAGUGGUGCAGAAGGUCAUCAAUCCGAAUUUCAGGAUACGACCGCCACGGGUGAUGGAGAUAGAGGAUAAAUCGAUUUCAGCGAGUGCUGGUCGAAAACGACGCCUUAAAUUGAUCUGUAGAAGUAGAGGCUUGCCAAUACCAACGCUGAGUUGGUCCCGCAACGGCACUGAUAUCCACCCUAACCAUAGGAUCAGAAUAACGUACAAAAAGAGGAGUAGUACGUUACUUGUCACGGAACCUUCCGUAGGUGAUCAUGGGCGGUACGUGUGUACGGCGCGAGGUGUAAGUGGCAAGCCAUCAUCAGCACACUUCGACUUCCGUGAGAAUUCUGAAGCAACUGGUACCUAUACUCACUACUCUGCCAUUCGUGAUCGUCCUUGCGAACCCGGAAUGGCUAAGCAUUACUGUUUCAAUGGUGGUACUUGUCGGUACCUAAUAAAAAUGCAAGAAUUGUAUUGCUUGUGUCCUGAUGGUUAUACGGGCCACAGAUGUGACAGCAAACUGCCUAGCCAAUCCAGUAUGUAUCCCUCAACGCCAUCUUUGUACACGUGUAAAAUGGGCCUCUCGACAAGAUAUUUCUGUUAGCGCCGGCCCUGUUACACUUGAUGCGACUACAGGGCCGGUUCAGCUAAUGGACCUCCCCGCGCGGAUAAUGUUAAUCAUUUAUAAUUUUCGUUACCGAUGUAAAUAUGCAUUCUACAACUAACGUGAUCAAAUUGUAUAUUUGUACACUAUCCUAAUUUAUAAGACUGUUAAUAGUUUUAAUCGUUAAGGCAAAACAGUCAUUUUACUAAUUUUUUAGUAUCCUUACCCGAAUUCAAUAUUUUGUGAUAUCGAUCUGGAAUUGCAUUUUAUAAUUGAAUUCAAUUUGGAGGUUUGAAUUUGGAGGCAGCCGCUAGAUCUUUUUCAAUUUUGAUUCCGAAAGUGUUGGGGAAAUGAUGCGAUUAUUCAUUUGUUGACUUCAUUAUGGAAGUAACUGUCUAUUUGUUUUAAAAUAAUGCCAUUUGAAAUCAUUUCAUUGAUUGCUCUCCAUUAGAAAUAUUUUCUAAAUAUUUCUCCAAAAUUGAAAUUAUUAACAUUACCUAAUUUUUUUUUUUUGGUAAUUCUUCAUUGGAAAAUUAUUGAAAUUGGAUUCUGGUAAAAAAUACCUAUAACGUCAGGGACCGAUUUUACUUGAUUUUUGUAUAAAGCUAUGUAGAUAUAUUUAUUUAUUAUUACAUCUAUUACUCACAACAAAUUCUGAAUUGUUUAUAACACAACAUGAAAGAAAAGUUGUAAAACUUGAAAAUAAAUUAUUACGAACAAA